GCCGAGGUUGUUUUUCUCAGACAGCUUUUCAUGCGACCUACCUCGCUACCUAUACGCGACCUAGCAGAUAGUUACGAAUCCCACGGUCGUAAACCCCUCGGACCUCACACUCUCCUUCUCUCUCUUCUGGCAAUAAAAGCCCAACGAUAGAUCUUUGAUCGAACGUCACGCUUGCAAUGGCGUUUUGUCGGACCCAGGGCGAUUGAUCUGGCACGGUUCGUCACGCCUUCAAUGCAUGCGUGCCGUCCUUGGACUUUGCCCCCUGACCCGUCGAUGUGUCUCUCUUCCCGCUUUCGGUAGACGACCGGUACGAACCAUGUCAACCAGGUUCGAGGUGCUCCAGGGCAAGAAGCCCCUCUCUUUUCGGCGUCUGAUGGCCCUGAAACGGGUGGAAGAGGACGUUUUCGAGUCGGUAACCCCGGCCUGGCCGCCGGCGCCGCAUCGGCGAGCAUUUGGAGGCCAUGUGUACGCCCAGGCCUUGUACGCUGCCAGCAAGACCGUUGGAAAGGGGCUGGUGGUCCAUCAAAUGACCGGGUACUUCAUUCUCCCCGGCGCCAUUGACAUUCCGUACGUGUACCGCGUGCGCAGGAUCAGGGACGGCGGCAUGUACUGCCUGCGAGGGGUCGACGUCUAUCAACGAUCCGAGGCUGCCGCGCAGGGCACGUCGCCUUGCUUUGUCGCCACCAUCUCAUUCAAGCGGUCGGAGAAAGGCAUCACGAAGUGGACCGGCUACGAGUACCACGACAUGCCGCGGGACCACAUCCAGCGGGAAUACCACAGCGUCCUGCAAGGUCUCCGGCCGGAAGACCACCCCGAAGCGCCCGGGGCCGACGCCCUGUGGUGGGAACAGGAGGAGGAAAGGUUCUGGAGCCGUGACGCGGCGGCGUUUCCCGGAGUGGAAACCCGAAAGGUCGACAUGGCCAAAUACAACGGCAAGGCGGAACCGGGGCGCGGGCCCGGUGGAGCUGGAGCGUCUCGCUGGCGCCAGCUGCUGUUCUACCGCCUCAUCCAGGAUGACGACGACGACGACGACGACGACGACGACCCGUCAGAGGCGACCGAGAGGGCCGAGGCCGCCAACGACCUGAACCUCCACGCCGCGGCGCACCUGUACGCGUCGGACCGGAAUUCGCUGUUCCUCAUCCAGCGCGCGCUCGGCUACGAGGCCGUCCGCACCACCAUGGCGUCCCUGUCCCACACGGUCAUCUUCCACGGCCUGGCCGACCAUCUGCGCAUGGUUGACGACGACGACGACCACGACGACGACCACGACCGCCCGCGCCGGGCCUCCAAGUGGUUCGUCCAGGAGUCGUGGACCAGCAACGGCGGCGACAACCGCGGCUGCCACCACAGUCUCCUCUGGGAUCCCCGGGCCGGCCGCGUCAUCGGCACCACCCUGCAGGACGGCAUGUUGAGGUUUCCGGCCGAGCUGGUCGAGAAGAUCCCCCGUGGUGGCGCCCCUGUGGACGCGGGAAACCCGCCACCGUCCCAAGCGGCUCGGAACAAGGCUGGCAGCAAGUUAUGAGGCCCACGUGAGGGACGGGGCCCCUCCCAUCCAGGCUGCUGGCUGUGCUGGGACUGUUAGAACUGGGAGUUCUCUACAUAGGAUAUCAGACCGCUAUCUCUGUAUUUGAUAGAACGAACAUCUGGGCUACGCUGGAUUCGCAAAGGGGUGUGAUCGAGCUUGAGACGGUCCUGAAAGUGGACCCUGACGUUCUGAAUUAAGAGCAUUUUUGGUUCCUUUGUUUUGGGGGCAAGCAGCUGAAUCGAUGUGGAAUGGAUCAUUCAUCAAUCCUAAGCAAAAUAUGUUCACCGCAUCUCAAAUGCCAUCGUCCCGGGGGAAUGAGAGCUGGUCUGACACAGCACAGUAGAGGAGGAGAUUUUAGAGUUGACCGGUGUAUGAACAUGGUCAGUACGGUG